AUGGAUAUACACAACCAGAAUGGCAGGCGCAGCCUCGAAAACCAGGCAUAUCAAGGCAACCAUAUGCCGCCUGGUGGUAGAGCCAGACAACCUCCGCCCAGAGGGCAGUCUCGAGGAUAUCCGCCCAAUGGGCAACCGAGUCACGCGCCGCCGCCCAUGAACGCCAGACAACCCCCACCAAGGGAGCAAUUCAGACGGUUUCCUGAGAACAGGCAGCAGGGUCCUGCAUAUGGAGACUACAACGGCGCGUCGAACCCUCGAUUACAAGGUCGCGGCAAUGGAAGCUAUAGCGAUGCGCCGAAUCCUCGACCACAAGAUCAUGACUAUGCGGACUAUAGCGAGACUCGAAAUCCUCGACAAGGACCCUCCGCGACUAGCUUUGGCCCCCUUGGGCGCAGUGUGACGAUGCCAUUCCAGGACUCAGGUCAGCAAGCUCAAACAUCUCACCAACGAGCCGAAACUUUGCCGUUAAAUGGACAUGCUGGACGGUCUAUACCGCCACGACCAGCAACGACAACCGGAACUAGACCGACACCGCAACGAACAUAUCCGCAACAACAGAUGCCGUCACGUAAUGCACCGUACGGCGCUGGAUACGAGCCAGCCGUCGCUAACUCCGUAUAUGACGAGUACUACAACCAGCGGCAGAGUAAUCCAAAUCGAAACGCAGGCGAUGCGCAGCAAAUGGGCGCAUCCGCGCAGCCUGCUGCUAGGAGCUCGUUUGAUCAGCCUAGAGCGCCACGGCGAGAACUGCCACAUAGAGGACCGCAUCAAACCCCGAAAUUGAGUCACGCCAAGUCCAUGGCAGACAUGCGUGAACCACAGUCGGCUGUCUUUGAAAUGGCUGGCGAUAUCCCGUCUGUGCCCCCCAUGCCGCCUCACACCGGAUAUGGCCAAAGAGAUGGCCCCGGCUACGACCAUGGAAAUGACCAGGGCUAUGACCCAAGAAACGACCAGGGUUUUGGCUUGAAGGGCCAGGCAUAUGAACCCAAAAACGACCAGACCUACAUCCAAAGAAAUGACCAAUGCUACGAUCAAGGCUAUGACCACAGCUAUCAAAGAAGAGACCAACAAAACAACCAGGGCCAUCAUAUUAACAACCAAAGCUAUAACCAAAGGAAUGACCAAAGCUACGAGCCGGGCUACGAGCAGGGUUACGAGCGGGGUUUUGAUCAGAAUUACGACCAGGGUUAUAAUCAUGGAUACGGCCAAGCCAUUUCUUACGAUAAUGUUCCUCCAAGAGGACCUAGCGCGCCACCAGCGCCAGGCCGCGCUGCAUACCCAUCAGACCCGAGAUCUGGGGCUGGGGCACAGACUCAACCUCCAAUCCCUCAAAGAGUGAAUCCUGAUGGUCUUCCAACACACCCGACUCCAGUUCGGCCCGGACAGAUACCCCAUUCCCUGGUUAAUCCCAGUGGCAAGCCGCUUCCUAUCCGGAACUAUGGCGGACUUCCCCGGCCACCGCAGCAACAACCUGCGCAACAGGAUGUGCGCCAGCAAGAGAGGCAGUACGCUGCUCCUCCUAUUCCGAGCUCUGUCUCUCUAGAUAGAGCCCAGGAUAAGGAGCCGGAAACACCCGUGACGACGCAGGAGCUAGAGCAACUGAGAAUGAUUAUCAGGACAAACCCUGCAGAUCAACAAUCCGCGCUGAGACUAGCAAAGCGACUGAUUGAGGCUGCCGAUGCUCUCGUCCCGCAGAUUCCGGAUCCCCGCGCGCGCGUCAAAGCCCAAGAUAGAUACUUGAUGGAUGCGCACAAGGUUCUGAAGAAGCUAGCCAGCAAUCAAAAUGCAGAAGCCAUGUUCACACUAGCCGACGGCCUUGGUAAAGGCCUUUACAGCGGCGAACCAGAUACAAAGGAAGCCUUCACGUUGUAUCAAUCAGCAGCCAAGCUCGGCCACGCUGCUGCAGCAUACCGUACGGCGGUGUGCUGCGAGAUUGGGCACGAAGAAGGAGGCGGCACACGGCGCGAUCCGCUCAAAGCAAUACAGUGGUACAAGCGGGCCGCAACGCUGGGCGAUCCGCCAGCCAUGUAUAAGAUGGGCAUGGUGACGCUGAAGGGGCUACUUGGACAAAAUAAGAACCCGCGCGAGGCUGUCGGGUGGCUGAAGCGAGCCGCUGAGAGGGCAGACGCAAACAAUCCCCAUGCGCUUCAUGAGCUGGGGCUUUUGUACGAAUCGGCACAACCAAAUGACUUGCUCGUCCGUGAUGAAGGAUAUGCGCUGAGCUUAUUCCAACAGGCAUCGGACCUUGGAUACAAAUUUUCGCAGUUUCGUCUGGGAUGCGCGUACGAGUACGGACAGCUCGGAUGCCCGGUGAACCCCCGUCUGUCAAUUGUAUGGUACUCACGGGCUGCCAUGCAAGAGGAGCACCAGGCUGAGCUUGCGCUGAGCGGAUGGUAUCUCACGGGUAGUGAAGGAGUAUUGAAUCAGAGCGAUACAGAGGCGUAUCUGUGGGCGCGCAAGGCGGCCACGGCUGGCAUGGCAAAGGCAGAAUUUGCAAUGGGAUACUUUACCGAGGUGGGCAUUGGCAUUCCUCCAAACUUGGAAGAUGCCAAGAGGUGGUAUUGGCGAGCUGCGGCUCAGGAAUUCCCCAAGGCACGAGAGAGGCUCGAAGAACUGAAAAAGGUGGGCAAAGCAGGCCCACCGCGGCCUAGAGAGCGCAUUUCACGAAGCCGCAUCGAAAGGCAGCAAGAAGGAGACUGCACAAUAAUGUAG